CAACUCACAAUCGACACAAACACAGUACACACAAACCUCCAACUGUCUGACAACAACAGGAAGGUGACACAUGUGAAUGAGGUUCAGUCAUAUCCUGAUCAUCCAGACAGAUUUGGUUGUUUUGAUGCUCAGCUGCUGUGUAGAAAUGGUCUGACUGGUCGCUGUUACUGGGAGGUUGAGUGGAGAGGAAGGGUUGAUAUUUCAGUGAGUUACAGAAGAAUCAAAAGGAAAGGAAACAGUUAUGACUGUAUGUUUGGACACAACGAUCAGUCAUGGAGUCUUUACUGCUCUCAUGAUGGUCCUGAAUCUGUUUGUCACAAUAAGAGAUCAACACCAAUCUCCUCCUCCUCCUCCUCCUCUGUCUGUAACAGAGUAGCAGUGUAUGUGGACUGUCCUGCUGGCACUCUGUCCUUCUACAGAGUCUCCUCUGACACUCUGAUCCACCUCCACACCUUCAACACCACAUUCACUGAAACUCUUUAUCCUGGAUUAAAAUUAGGUUUUGGCUCCUCAGUGUCCCUGUGCUGA